AUAGUUUCCGGCUCCGUCUUCCAGACUACAAGCUCCACAGAGCCGCGGGAGGACGGUUGCCCGGUAUUAGCGAGCGGCAAGUAUGGCGGUGGCGCGCGUGGACGCGGCUUUGCCUCCCGGAGAAGGAUCAGUGGUCAAUUGGUCAGGGCAAGGACUGCAGAAAUUAGGUCCAAAUUUACCUUGUGAAGCUGAUAUUCACACUUUGAUUCUGGAUAAAAAUCAGAUUAUUAAAUUGGAAAAUCUGGAGAAAUGCAAACAAUUAAUACAGUUAUCAGUGGCUAAUAAUCGGCUGGUGAGGAUGAUGGGUGUGGCAAAACUGACCCAACUCCGUGUACUAAAUUUGCCUCAUAACAGCAUUGGCUAUGUGGAAGGACUAAAGGAACUAGUACAUUUGGAAUGGCUGAAUUUGGCAGGAAAUAAUCUUAAGGCCAUGGAACAAAUCAAUAGCUGCACAGCUCUACAGCACCUUGAUUUAUCAGACAAUAACAUACCCCAGAUAGGUGAUCUGUCAAAAUUGGUAUCCCUGAAGACCCUGCUUUUACAUGGAAACAUCAUCACCUCUCUUAGAAUGGCACCUGCUUAUCUACCCAGAAGUCUUGCUAUACUUUCUUUGGCAGAAAAUGAAAUCCGAGACUUAAAUGAGAUCUCUUUUUUGGCAUCCUUAACUGAAUUGGAACAGUUGUCGAUCAUGAACAAUCCUUGUGUGAUGGCAACACCUUCCAUUCCUGGGUUUGACUAUCGGCCGUACAUUGUCAGCUGGUGCUUAAAUCUCAGAGUCCUAGAUGGAUACGUGAUUUCUCAAAAGGAAAGUUUGAAAGCUGAAUGGCUGUAUAGUCAAGGCAAGGGGAGAGCAUAUCGACCUGGCCAGCACAUCCAGCUUGUCCAGUAUCUGGCUACAGUCUGUCCUCUCACUUCUACACUGGGUCUUCAAACUGCAGAGGAUGCUAAACUAGAGAAAAUUCUGAGCAAACAGAGGUUUCAUCAGAGACAGUUAAUGAACCAAAGCCAAAAAGAAGAGUUGUCUCCUCUGGCUCCUACUGAAACAAGGGCACCCCUUAUACCUGAACAUUCAAGCCCUAUUCAAGAUUGCCAGAUAGUUCAAGAAAGCGAACCCGUCAUCCAAGUCAAUUCUUGGGUUGGGAUAAGCAGUAAUGAUGAUCAAUUAUAUGCUGUUAAGAAUAAUUUUCCAGCCUCUGUUCACACUGCAAGAUAUUCUCGAAAUGACCUGCACCUGGAAGACAUACAGACAGAUGAGGACAAGUUGAAUUGUAGUCUUCUUUCUUCAGAGUCUACUUUUAUGCCAGUUGCAUCAGGACUAUCUCCAGUAUCACCUACAGUUGAGCUGAGGCUGCAGGGCAUUAACUUGGGCCUAGAAGAUGAUGGUAUUGCAGAUGAAUCUGUGAAAGGGCUGGAAAACCAGGUCUUGGAUAAGGAAGAGGAAAAGGCUUUAUGGGCUGCAAAUGAGAAUUCUGUUCAAAUGAUGAAAAAUGAGAUCAUUACGGAGGUAAAUGAGAAAGCUGGGCUAUUACCUUGUCCUGAGCCAACAAUAAUCAGCACUAUCUUGAAGGAUGAUAACCACAGUCUUACAUCUUUUCCUGAGACAACUGGACAUGAUGUCUCCCAUACACAGCCAGAUGAUCAAGAAACCAUGUCUCAAACAGCUUCAGAGAAACUUCCCUGCAGGAUUUUAACCCCCAGAUCUGUUGCUUUGGGACAUGAUAAAGUUGCCCUUCAGAAAUUGAACGAAGCAGCCACCAAGCUUCAGGCCUGUUGGCGGGGCUUUUAUGCCAGGAACUACAACCCUCAAGCCAAAGAUGUGCGUUACGAAAUCCGGCUACGCAGAAUGCAGGAGCACAUUGUCUGCUUAACUGAUGAAAUAAGGAGAUUAAGAAAAGAAAGAGAUGAUGAACGUGUUAAAAAGUUUGUGCAAGAGGAGGCUGUCAGAUUCCUUUGGAACCAGGUAAGGUCUCUGCAAGCUUGGCAAGAGACAGUGGACCAGCGCCUAAGUUCCUGGCAUACUGAUGUUCCUCCUUUAUCAAGUACUCUGGCACCAUCUAAACCUCCAUUAUUUACUCAAAGUCAGGAGCCCCCUUCUGAUAAAAAUUCUGAUUGGUUUAUUGCUCCUGAUGAAGCUCCUCAAGAGAAAUCAUUUCCAGAAUUUCCAGAUUCUGGUUUUCAUUCCUCCUUAACAGAACAAGUUGACUGUUUGCAGGAUUCUUUGGAUUUUGAAAAAAGUUCCACAGAAGGCAGUGAAAGCUCCAUAAUGGGGAAUUCCAUCGACACAGUCAAAUACGGCAAAGAGUCAGAUUUAGGGGAUAUUAGUGAAGAACAUGGUGAAUGGAGUAAGGAAAGCUCAAAUAAUGAGCAGGAUAAUAGUCUGCUUGAACAGUAUUUAACUUCAGUUCAACAGCUAGAAGAGGCUGAUGAGAGGACAAACUUUGAUGAAGGAUCAGGAGGUGGUAAGCGUCACAUAGCUUGUUCCCUGGAAAAGUUAGAUACUUUGUCUGUCAGUGCUUCUGCAGAUGAGACUCAUGGCAUAUCUCCUACCUUGCAAGAUGAAAUCAGCCAGACACCAGAGAAUUGUAAAUUAAGUACAGAAGUUCAAGGACAGCAGCCAGAAUGUGAUUCCACAUUUCAGGUAUUGCAUGUUGGUGUUACUGUGUAG